AUGACGACAACCCUGGAGGGGUUACAGAAGAUGAAAAGGUCCAGGCGACGCACAAACUCGCCCACUUACCUCAGUCCCUCGCCUAGUCCGAGGAGCACCUCUCCUGUUACCAGUCCCAAAACAUCAACCCGAGAAGGUGUCGCUUUCAAAAUGUCAUCGAGCUCGCGGCCAUGCUCCAUGGCCGCACUAGCGCCUACGCUACAGGAAAUUCUUGCCAACAAGGCUCCUCCGCCAUGCACAUUGAGUGCUUUUAUGGCAUAUCUUUCCCAAAAUCACUGCCUCGAGACGCUGGAAUUUACAAUGGAAGCGGAGCGCUACCGCACCGCCUAUCAUCAACUAGCAGGGGAUGAGACGAACUGGUCCCGAGACGCCAGUGAUCACCUUUGCGGGCAUUGGCAAAAGCUGAUCAACGCCUACAUAACACCUUGUGGACCUCGCGAGGUGAAUCUUCCUGGGCCUGUUCGGGAUCGCCUGCUGCGGCUGCCUUGCUCCUCAACACCCCCUAGCCCCUCAGAACUGGAUGAGGCUGUGCGGAUAGUAUACGAGCUGAUGAACGACUCAGUGCUUCUUCCCUUUAUCGAGUCGAUGCACCUUUCCGAGUAUGACCAGGAUAUGCGCCAAGGGCGUGCAAAACUUCGAAUCUCCCGGGAUCCCUCCAAGUCUUCUUUAGAAGAAUCUAGUCGGCCUCCCAAGGUUUCUUUACUGCCGCAGUUGCACAUUGGACGAAAAGCAGAACACGGAGUACGAUCCUCUUCGUCGUCGUCCACCGACGCCGUAGAGAGAGACGGUGUCUCCGAUGACAAUGUUAACUCCCCGACGGCUGGGGAUCCCUUAACGCCGCCCACCACUCCUCCAACCUCGGAUUGGGGUUUUAGUGCAUCAUCACCAGGUGGUUUGCAAAGGGCCAUCAGUAUACACAACAACGGGUGGAAGCGAAUGAGUGCCAGGUUGGGACUGGGAAAGAAGUCCAACGGAAGAAAGCAACGUGGUAAUACCUCAGACGCUCCCACUGCGAGCUCCUCAGACACCGACGUGCACAUGAAGGUCAUGUCGCUACCGACACACAGUACAACAAAUAUUGCAUCUUCGCCAAAACCAUUGCUGAUCCAUUCACCGGCCCUUGAACUUGACGCAGUUGAUCCCAGCGCCAAGGGUCUCGGCAUUCACGGCAAUCAUUCCCACGAGUCCAUGCAGGGGUUCGACAGCCAGGAGAAAGUACCAGUCACAUGGGAGGAGCCCCAUCCUGGUCAGCUGCUGACACUUCCGCAUGCUGAUGAAGAAGCGUGGGAUGCAGGAAGCCGUGUCGAUCUGAACCGAAGCAAUAUGGAUAGUGCUGUGUUUAGGGGCGAUAUGACCGCAAAUCUGAGAAUUUUGCAGCAGACGAGACUGGCCGCAGAAAACACAUAUUUCUGUCGUCACAUCUCGCGGGCUAAGAGAAGCAGGUGUGGAGCUGUGCUUCAUUCUUCUGUAUCUGCGUGCGAUACUGUCCCUACAAAUGGGGAUCAUUCUGGCGCUUUGCCAAGUCCUAGCAGGGUAGUGCAUUCUCCUACACUCCCGAUCUCGACUGAGGGUGAAGCAAGUGUUACUCGGUCACCGUACGAUACUGAUGAUGACCAAUCGACGAUCAAGGAGGUCACGUCGCCGGUAUCUCCGCAGCUACGAAUGACCGACUUCUCUAAAUACAUCGACAUGGAUGUUGAUGAAGACGAGGCCCAGGACCCCGCUACCAUAGUCAGCUCUGGCGAAAUGUCGCCGAUCGUUGUUGCGGUCGACGACGCCUACGGUUGGGAAGCCGAGCUGAACCGUCGUGCUACUGGUAACAGUAACGUUAGGCACUUGUCGGAUUGUCAUUACAAACAAUCCUGCGUGCCGAAGCGUGGCAUCCUGCAUCGUUUCUUCAGCAUCGGCCACGCAUGA